AUGGGAGUACACGACCCAUCAAAGAACCCCACUGGAUACCCAAAAUUCGGCUCUUCCUGCAGCUCAAUAUGUAGUUUCAAAGCCGUUGUUCAUGGCAACACGAGGGUUGUUCAUAGAGCUGACAACUCACCUGAAAGCAGCACUGUGGGUCAAGAAACUGGGCUACUGAGUCGGAAAGAUGUAAGCGCCGGGUCAUCAUCAACUCGGUCAUUGGCGGGGUCAGGGAGAUCCAACGGUGGUGUAACGCACUUGUCAUCCUCUAGAGGCAUGCAAUUCAGGAAGCUUUCGGGUUGCUACGAAUGUCACAUGAUCGUUGAACCUAGCAGAUACCCUUCUGCCAGAACCACUAUUAGUGCCUGUACUCAGUGUGGAGAGGUCUUUCCAAAGAUUGAAAGCUUGGAGCUUCAUCAAAAAGUUCGCCAUGCUGGUAAAUUUUAUUUUCAUCUUAAUUACAGGGAAAUUUAUCAUUGAUUACAUACUUUUGCAGAAUUUUCUUACCUAUUAUCUAUUAGUAUUUAUUCACACUAUAUCAGAGGUUGAAUACUUUGUCCACGCAAUUAAAAUUCCAACAUACUUUACUAUUUUUCUUAGAUUAAUCAAUAAAUCCAUUUUGCUCAU